AUGGUGACCGCCAAGAAAACGAAGAAGUCUCACGAGGGUAUCAACAGCAGGUUGGCUCUUGUGAUGAAGAGUGGUAAAUACACUCUUGGUUACAAGUCUGUCCUCAAAUCCCUCCGUGGCUCCAAAGGAAAGCUAAUUCUCAUCUCCUCCAAUUGCCCACCGUUGAGAAGAUCGGAGAUUGAGUACUACGCAAUGCUCGCCAAAGUUGGUGUUCACCACUACAAUGGAAAUAACGUUGAUUUGGGUACAGCUUGUGGAAAGUACUUCCGUGUUUCUUGUCUGAGCAUCGUUGAUCCUGGUGAUUCUGACAUUAUCAAGUCAAUUCCUGGUGACGAGUGA